UGAAUCACAGCCUUUUUCUGUACUUUGGGUCUCUCCUUUGCCUUUCAUUGCAGAAGAAAUUUUGUUCUCGCGCGCAGAAAUCUUCUCAUUACUUACCAACCUCACGUCUCACCUAAACCAAAAAGAAAAGAAAAGAAAAGAAAAACCAGGUCAGAAGCAUGCCUUCAGUUUCCGGCCAAGUCGUCUGUGUCACUGGCGCCGGUGGAUACAUCGCUUCCUGGAUAGUUAAGCUCCUCCUUGAAAAAGGCUACACUGUUAGAGGAACUGUUAGAAACCCUGAUGAUGCGAAGAAUGGUCACUUGCGGGAGCUAGAAGGAGCAAAAGAGAGAUUGACACUAUGCAGAGCUGACCUUCUUGAUUAUCAGAGUUUACGUGAAGCCAUCAAAGGCUGUGAUGGGGUUUUCCACACUGCUUCACCCGUUACGGAUGAUCCGGAACAAAUGGUGGAGCCAGCGGUGAUUGGGACCAAAAAUGUGAUCAACGCAGCUGCUGAGGCCAAGGUCCGGCGGAUGGUUUUCACCUCAUCAAUUGGUGCGGUCUACAUGGACCCCCACAGGGAACCUGAAAAAGUUGUGGACGAGAGUUGUUGGAGUGAUCUUGAAUUCUGCAAGAAUACUAAGAAUUGGUAUUGCUACGGGAAAGCUGUGGCAGAAAAAGCAGCAUGGGACGAAGCCAAGGAGAAAGGGGUGGAUUUGGUGGUGAUCAACCCGGUGCUGGUGUUGGGACCAUUGUUGCAACCGACCGUGAAUGCCAGUAUUCUUCAUAUCCUCAAAUACUUGACUGGAUCUGCAAAGACUUAUGCCAACUCUGUGCAGGCCUACGUGCACGUUAAGGAUGUUGCAUUGGCACACGUUCUUAUCUACGAGACUCCCUCGGCAUCUGGGAGAUACCUCUGCGCCGAGAGCGUUCUUCAUCGUGGUGAAGUGGUUGAAAUCUUGGCCAAACUCUUUCCGGAGUACCCAAUUCCAACCAAGUGCUCCGAUGAAACAAGACCAAGAGCAAAAGCUUACAAGUUCACAAAUCAGAAGCUCAAGGAUUUGGGGUUUGAAUUCACACCGGUGAAACAGUGCCUAUAUGAGACGGUUAAAAGCCUUCAGGAGAAGGGCCAGAUACCCCUCCCCACUCGGAAUGAUGAGCCCAUUAAAAUUCACUACUAGUCUGACUCUCUCGUAUUCUGAUUGCUAUUGAUAUCAAAAUGUUAGCUUUUUAUCAUUAAAGAAGAAGAAGUAGUAGAAGUAUAAAGAAUGUUUAAGGUUGCAAUCCAAAUCCGUUGCUUGUGAACCAGAAUGUUUAAGGUAGUAGUAUUUGUGCUCCAGAUUUCCGUACCCGUUGUGAAGUCUUUACUACCUAAGAUAUAUACAUAGUUUCUGGCUUAAUUUAUAGUAUCUACUUUUUACU